UAAAUAAAGUUAUUUAAAUGAAAAUAGUUAAGUAAGAUUAAUGUUAUUGCGAAAUGUUUUAUGUUUAAUGAGCCCCACUUGUUGAUUACAGUGAAGAUAUUUGUAUGGAUGUGAAGGAAGAAAAAGAAAGUGUGAUAUAUAUUUGUUGUAUUUAUUAAUCACAUAUUUUUUUUAAUUGUGAUUAUUAAUUAUGACGAAAAUCAAAACAUUUUGGAUAAAUACUGUUGAUCAGUAUUGCAGUGGCAUUAAGACAGUCACUAACGAAACAACUAGAAUGAUACGCACUACUAAGAGCAAGUUAUCACCAUGGAAUGUGCAAUUAAAAGCAAGAAGAAAAGUCCUGACAAAAGCUGAAGAAACUACUAUCCCCCGACCUACUGUCCCAGAAUUCGCAGACGUUGUUAUCAUCGGCGGUGGAUCAGCUGGCUGCAACGCGUUGUAUCAUUUAGCGAAGCUUGGCACCAAUGCAAUUUUGCUGGAAAAAUCGAAACUGACUUCUGGAACAACUUGGCACACUGCUGGGAUGUUCUGGCGGCUGAGGCCCAAUGAUGUAGACAUUCAAUUGUUGGAUGGAACGCUGAGAACUAUUAAACAAUUGGAAGAAGAAACUGGAGAAAAUCCUGGAUUUAUACAAAAUGGCGGACUGUUUAUAGCUCACAAUGAAACAAGAAUGAAUGAAUAUAAAAGACUAGUAACUGCUGGUAAAUAUUUUGGAAUAGAAGCUCAUGUUUUAACCCCUGAAGAAACUAAAAAAUUGUAUCCAUUUAUUGAUGAAAAAAGUUUCACUGGCGCUAUUUACAGCCCGCAAGACGGUACUAUAGAUCCGAGUAUUCUUGUUGACGCAUUAACGAAAUCCGCAAAAGGUCUAGGAUCUAAAGUGAUUGAAAACUGUCCAGUUCACAAAAUAAUAACCCAGGAGAAUGACUGCAGCUGGAAAUCGGUGACAGGAGUGGAAACUCCUUACGGAACAAUUAGAACAAAGUGUGUUUUAAAUGCAGCUGGUGUGUGGGCGGGAAGUCUAGCGAAACUAGCCGGUGUAAAUAUUCCCCUGAUACCGAUGAAGCACGCUUAUGUGGUCAGUGAACCUAUAGAAGGUGUUCAAGGUCUUCCUAACAUUCGCGACCAUGAUGGCAGUCUUUAUAUCAAGGUCCAGGGGUCUUCGCUGCAAAUCGGUGGUUAUGAACCUAAUCCGAUUAUUCUUAAAUCUGUACCUCGUGACUUUUCAUUCGGCUUGUACGAACUAGACUGGACGGUGUUCAACACCCACGUGAACGCGAUGGUAGAGCUAGUGCCAAAAUUGAAGACUACUGGGAUAAAAUCGACGGUCUGUGGUCCGGAGUCUUUUACUCCAGAUCAUAAGCCGCUGAUGGGCGAGGAUCCCAAGCUCUCUGGUUUUUUCUACUCCUGCGGGUACAACAGUGCGGGCAUGAUGUACGGCGGGGGAUGCGGAGAGCAAAUCGCCUCGUGGAUCAUAAACGGCCGCCCAGAAAAACACAUGUUCAGUUAUGACGUACGCAGAUUCACCUCCGACCAGGUCAGAGACUCCGUCUGGGCGAACGAGAGAUCUCAUGAAGCUUACGCUAAAAAUUACAGCACUGUUUUUCCUCAUGACUCACCAUUGAGCGGACGGAACUUUAAAAAAGACGUUUUUCAUAAUUUGCUGAUUAAAAAUGGAGCUGUGAUGGAAGAAGCACAAGGAUGGGAGCGACCUGGGUGGUAUCAACCUGGUAAAAUAACUCUGAUACCUCCUUAUGAUUAUUACGGCGCUUAUGGAUCGCCUAAAAAUAAGAGAAAUGAUUAUGCUGAAAUUUUAAAGAAAGAUUAUACUUUUGAUUUUCCCGAACAUCAUGAUGUGAUUGGAUCAGAAGCGUUAUCUUGCAGAAACAAAGCCGCUUUGUUCGACUUAUCAUACUUUGGAAAAUAUUAUCUCUGCGGCGCGCAAUCACAAGAGGCUGCCAAUUACUUAUUUACCGCUAAUGUUGAUCGGGAAGUAAACAGAACUGUUUACACAUGUGCUUUGAACAAACAUGGUGGAGUUGAAGCUGAUUGCACUGUAACUUCAAUAGAGGCUGGAUCUGGAGGUGUUGCUGAUCCAAUAUUCCAGCGCAAAGCAUUUUAUAUCGUCGCCGGAGGAAUGUCAUCAUACCACACAUUCGCUCAUUUACAUAGAGUAAUCAGAAAAAAGGGUUUUGAAGCAACAAUCCACGACGCUACAGAAACAAUGGGAAUUUUGUCUAUCCAAGGGCCAAAUAGCCGAUAUAUCCUUGAAGAAAUAACAGACAAAGAUUUUUCAGAUAAAGAAUUCCCGUUUUCAACUUCCAAGAUUAUUGAUGUCAAAGGCUGUCUGGUAAGAGCCUUCCGUCUGAGUUUUGUCGGUGAGCUCGGAUAUGAGCUUCAUAUUCCAAGUCAGUCUUGCGAGAAAGUUUUCAACAGUUUGAUGGAAGCUGGGAAGGAGCAUGGAUUGAAAUUAGCCGGUUUCCGUGCGAUGUACAGUCUCAGCUGCGAAAAAGGUUAUCAUUUGUGGAACAGUGAUCUCAGAAUUGAUGACAAUCCCAUUGAAGCUGGACUGGGAUUUGUCUGUCGUCGUUAUGGAGACUACAAUGGCAAGAAAGCUGUCAACAACUUACGUGUUAAUGGUGUUAAAAGGAAAUUAGUUCAUUUUCAUCUAAAAGACAAAAAUACGCCUCUCUGGGGUUUAGAAGCUAUUUAUCGUGAUGAUAAACUUGUAGGAUAUUUAAGAAGAGCUGAGUACUCUUAUGUUUAUAGUAACAGUAUUGGACAAGGGUAUAUCACACAUCCAUUAGGCGAAAACGUAACAAAAAAUUUUAUAGAAUCAGGAAAAUAUGAAAUAGAAUCAAUGGGAAAAAGAUAUCCGGCACGAGCUUACUUGCACAGUCCAUUUGAUCCCGAAAAUAAAAGACUGCAAGGCAAUUAUAAUUAAUUGUACAUAUUGUGAUUAUAUUUUUGAUAAUUAAAAAACAAAAAAUUUUUUUAAUUAAUAAA